AAAAACUGAUCUACAUAUAAAUAGACUCAGAAAUUCAGGUUUUUUUUUGCAGAAACCACUCAAUUACUCGAUUACGAUUUACAACCAUGUCUUUAUCAAACAAAUUAAGCGUCAAGGACUUAGAUGUCACCAACAAAAGAGUGUUCAUUAGAGUCGACUUUAAUGUUCCUUUAGAUGGUAAAAAGAUCACCAACAACCAACGUAUUGUUGCUGCUUUACCAACUAUUCAAUACGUCUUGGAAAACAAGCCUAAAGCCAUUGUGUUGGCCUCUCACUUGGGUAGACCUAAUGGUGAAAAGGCUGACAAGUACUCAUUGGCUCCUAUUGCUGAAGAAUUGUCUUCUUUAUUAAAGAAGCCUGUCAAGUUCUUGAGUGACUCUGUCGGUCCUGAUGUCGAAGCUGCUAUUAACGGUGCUUCUAACGGAGAAGUGUUCUUGUUGGAAAACUUGAGAUUCCACAUUGAAGAAGAAGGUAGCAAGAAGGUUGAUGGUGAAAAGAUCAAGGCUUCUAAGGAAGAUGUGGCUAAAUUCAGACAACAAUUGACUGCUUUGGCCGAUGUGUACGUCAACGAUGCAUUUGGAACAGCCCACAGAGCCCACUCCUCCAUGGUGGGUUUGGACUUGCCCCAAAAGGCUGCUGGUUUCUUAAUGGCCAAGGAAUUGGAAUACUUUGCUAAGGCUUUGGAAAACCCAACCAGACCAUUUUUGGCAAUUUUGGGAGGUGCCAAGGUUAGUGAUAAGAUCCAAUUGAUCGACAACUUGUUAGACAAGGUUGACUUGUUGAUUGUUGGAGGUGGUAUGGCCUUCACCUUUAAAAAGGUGUUGGACAACAUGCCAAUUGGUGACUCUUUGUUUGAUGAAGCUGGAGCCAAGAACGUUGAACAUUUGGUUGCCAAGGCCAAGAAGAACGGAGUGGAAUUGGUGUUACCAGUUGAUUUCGUUACUGCUGACAAGUUUGACAAAGAUGCCAACACUGCCACUGCCACUGAAGAAGAAGGUAUUCCAGACCACUGGAUGGGAUUGGACUGUGGUCCAAAAUCAAAGGAAUUGUUCGAAGCCACCGUUGCCAAGGCUAAGACCAUUGUUUGGAACGGUCCACCUGGUGUGUUUGAGUUUGAAAAAUUUGCCAGUGGUACCAAGUCGUUGUUGGAUGCUGCUGUCAAAUCUGCUGAAGCCGGUAACACUGUUAUUAUUGGAGGUGGUGACACCGCCACUGUGGCCAAGAAGUACGGAGUGGUUGACAAAUUGUCUCAUGUGUCUACUGGAGGUGGUGCUUCCUUGGAAUUAUUAGAAGGUAAGGAAUUACCUGGUGUCACGGCCAUUUCUGACAAAAACUAAAUAGGUUAAAUGUUACCUCAUGUGUAUUGUUGUAUAUGUUCAGAAUUAUAAUUUAGCUUGACCGUUGGAUAUUCUAGCCCAAGAGUCGUUGGUCAAUUCCUCAUACUUUGUCUUGUUCAACCAAUAGACAGUUUCAGAACCUGAGUCGCCUUUGGGUAAUUUCUGUUUCUUAUACUGAUUUUUAGGAACCUUAUUAUUGUGAGAAGCUUCAAUUUGACCAAACUUGAUAAACUGGGGAACCGCAUAUUUUGGCAAGCAGGUGCUCACAUGGUUGUAUAUUUGAUCCAAAACCUGUUGUUCAUCUAAACCUUGUUUUGGUUCAACAACGGCAAAACCAGCUCUGCCUUCAUGAUUAGGAAUUUGGACUCCCACCACCACACUUUGUAAAAUUGCAUUCGAUCCCAUCAACUCGUUUUCCACUUCACUGGCACUAACAUUUUCUGACUUCCACCGGAAAGUAUCACCUAAUCUGUCCACAAAGUACAAUAGUUGAUCCUGGUCCAUGCGCAACAAGUCACCGGAUCUAAACCAAGCAUCUCCCUUCUUGAAAACGUCUCUGAUGACCUUCUUGGAGGUGGCAUCCUUGUUUCCAUAGUAUCCUUGGAAACUGGACUCAAUCUUUUCAGGGUUGAGGAUCUUCAUCAACAACUCACCUGGUUGAUUAUAGUCAGCCACUUCACACAAACCGGUGGCAGGGUUUCUCAAGAUUUCUUCCUGAUCAUCGGGAUCCAUUUUAACAAUUCUUUGUUCCAAUGACAACACCGAGUUGAUAAUACUUCCAUACUUCCUACAGGCACCAACCCCGUAUUCCCCAAACUGCAAAUUGGUCAAGGCAAUAGGAGACUCGGUGGCAGCGUAGAACUCACCGAUUCCCUUGAUGUUGAACCGAUCUUUGAAUUCUUUCCAGAUGUCACGUCGUAAUCCGUUCCCAUAAGCAAUCUUGACUAGGUGAUUUUUCUGGUCGGGAUGAGGUUGGGUGUUUAACAAAUACCGACAUGUUUCUCCCACGUAUUGCACGUGAGUAGCCUUGGUUAACUUGGCUUGA